UUUUGACAGCAAUCCGGCUGUAUAUUAUAUAUAAAGUUAUAAACGUUUUUUUUGACCGGGUGAGAUAAAUAAUAAUGUAGUUCUAAGUUCUGGAAAUUGGUUAAAGUUAUCGCAACUUCAUUACACAACCCGGUAAUAAAUAUAUUGGACCUGCAUGCAGGGAUCGUAUCCAGAAUCAUUAGUAUUCACAUUCAUUCGUAUAGGACUUUCUUCGGCAAAUACUCUCCAAAUAUGAAAUUCUUAACACAAACUGAAGCAGUCAAAAUUGAUGAGGAACUAUUCAACGAAUACAAAUUUAGUGUAGAUCAACUUAUGGAAUUGGCUGGAUUGAGUUGUGCCCAUGCUAUAGCAAAAUGCUACCCUGCUGAUUGCUUCAAGCGAGUGUUAGUGUGUUGUGGACCUGGAAACAAUGGUGGAGAUGGAUUAGUUUGUGCCCGACAUUUAUCUUUCAUGAAAUACGAACCAACAAUUUAUUAUCCAAAACCCACUGCAAAACCACUGUAUGAAAAUCUAAGCCAUCAAUGCAAGAGCAAUGGAAUAUCAUUUCUACGUUCAAGUCCCACUCUUGAAAGUACAAAUGAAUGCUACGAUUUAAUUGUUGAUGCACUAUUUGGCUUCAGUUUCAAACCACCUGUGCGAGAAACAUUCGUUCCUAUUACUGAGAUCCUCCUAAAUACAAAAAUUCCUAUAGCAAGCAUUGAUAUACCAAGCGGAUGGGAUGUAGAAAAAGGAAAAAUAAGAGAAAAUGAUUUCGAACCGGAUAUGUUAAUAUCCCUAACGGCUCCUAAACUAUGCGCUAAAAUGUUUAAAGGGAAAUACCAUUAUUUAGGUGGACGUUUUGUACCACCCGCGCUACAGGAGAAGUUUCAACUUAACUUACCAGAGUAUCACGAUUGUGAUAUGUGUUUAAAAUUGUAGAGUAAUAACCCGUUACCAAGCAAAAUAAAAAAUAAGUAUAUUUUAACUAUGAAAUCUA